AUGCCUGUCGGCUCUAAAUCACUAUCAAGAAUGAACAGAAAUUUGAUAGAAAGAGAACGAAGAUCGCAGAUGAAAAUUCUGUUUUCGAAGCUCUUUAACCUCCUUCCUCCUCACCCAACCAAGACGUCGAUUCCUGAGAUGGUGGAGCAUGCCACUGUUUGUAUCAGCCAACUACAAAAGCGAAUGGAGGAGCUCAAGCAGAGGAAGGUGCAGCUCGAAGCUGACCAUAUUUCACCGCAAGCUGUGGCAACAGGAACAAUAUCCCCAGUUAUUGAUAUAACAGAUUUGGAUUCUUCUAUGGAAGUAAAUUUAAUGGCUGGGACGAAUACUAAGUUUGCAUUAUGCGACAUUAUCAGUAUCCUUGAGGAAGAAGGAGCCCAAGUUCUAAGUGCUACGUAUCAUAAUACAGGGAAUAAGAUCCUCCUUUCAAUUCAUUCUCAGGCGGCCUAUUCUAGAAUUGGAAUUGAAAAUGUCCGAGUGCAUGAGAGGUUGAAGAGACUGCAGAUUUCUUGA